AUCCAUUUGGACCAUGCAAGGCAUGGGAUCAUGUACGACCGACAAGGGACCUAUUGUACACGCUUCAACUCUCCACGAUUUCGCGGCCCAUCGGCUCCAGUUUUUAUUGCUUUUCAUCGUUGCAAUGAUCGAGCCCGUCGUUGCGUGCCGUGUAUCCUUCCCGCAACCGCCUCUCCCGAUUAGCCCGUUUUAGUGCGUACGGUAGGUACCAUAAAACUGUACGAUGAUAUCGAGGCGGUGAACAUUACCGUAAUUGUCGAGUCUCGUCAUAUGCCAAAAAGGGAAAAUCUGCUAUGCUAGAAGAGUGCUAAGAAGGUAGGUGGUUACGAUGUUUACCGUGCCUAUCCCUACAUAAGGUACCCUAGGUAGGUACCUACUUUAGGGAGUACCUAUCCAAUCACUAAUUACACGCCUAGACUCUUAGGCGCUAAACCCCGAGGUCCCGCUAUGGAGUCCGACACUAGGUACCUAGCUAGGUAUGGUAAGUACCUAAUCAAUCACCAAAACGAAAGUGGAAAAAAAACAAUCCCCCAAAGUAUCCAAGAAGUUAGCGAUAUGUCUCCGGCGACGCAUACUUGAAGAGAGUACGCCGAAUAGUUAGUAGAAGGAAAAUUGUUGGAGAUACCGAAUGGAAUUGCUUGCACUUCAAGACAUUAUUGUAAAGACUGGCGGCUGAGACAACAAAGGAAGAUCCGACGAUCUCACAGAUUAUUCAGCUCGAAACAACGGAAUGGCCGAGAUCAACAGGAUACACUUCAACGAAGAGGCGUCAACGUACGACUCCCGGCAUAGCAAGCUUAACGAGCGCCUAACCAAAGAAAUCCAAGCUAGGUUAGAUUGGAUUGGAGUUGAUUGGGCCGUUAACGAUGACACCGACGACGAUAGCGUCGAGGAUGCGGAUGAAGAUACGAAUAGACCCGAAGAGGAAUUCGGACCCGCCAAGGCUAAGAAGGAGGUUAGGUUGUUAGACUAUGCUUGUGGUACCGGCAUGAUGUCAAGGGCCCUGGUUCCUUACACUACGCAAUGUCUCGGUAUCGAUAUAUCAGAGGGUAUGGUUGCGGCCUACAACUCUCGUGCUGAAAAUCAGGGCUUAUCUCGCGACGAGAUGCACGCCGUAGUAGGUGACCUCAUAGUGGCAGAUGAGCCGCAACCGGCGGAACUUUCGGACUCCCGUUUCUUCGGCUUCGAUGUGGCGACCGUGGGCGGUGGGCUGCACCACUUCGCGGACCCGGAGCUGGCCGCCGAACGUCUAGUCCAACGUCUGCGCCCCGGUGGCGUGCUAUUGGUUUGGGAUUUCCUUCCGCACGGGCCUUGGCAUGGACACGGCGGUAACUCGGUCCUGCACCACGGCUUGUCCGAAGAAAGAGUCCGGUCGAUGUUCGAACGCGCUGGCGCUGGGAAAGGAUUCUCUCUUGAGGUACUUGGCUCCGGUAUUUCGCCCGGUCAGUGUGUCCAUGGGGAGGCGGAGCCUCUAAGGAGAGAAGUAUUCCUAGCUAGAGGAGAGAAAGCGGCGUGAUUUCACAUGUUCUAUCGCUCGGAGAUCAUUUGAGAGAUCAUUUGACUCUUGUUGAGGAGCCAGCAUCACUUAUUCAUUCACGGCAGUUAAAGUAUCCAGACGCCCUUCUAAAUAAUAUACCAUCUAAAUAGCCUGUAUUGUAUGUUAACAUAAUUGUGAAGUCUUGGGGUCCUAUAGACUAUAAUUCCAAUGAUGUAAUCGGAGGGCUAAAUGAUGCCGUUUACAAAUCAAUAGCGAUAUAUUGUCGCCGUACCUCC